CUGCCUGUUUCCAUAGCCACCAGUGUUUGCAUCAGUUGUUAAGUUGGAUAGCGUGUGUGGUGUACCGGUGAAAUCACUCCACACACUCCACAUCUCAAACUGUUGUUAACAUGGUGAAAGGUGGAAAGCGAUACUCUUCAAUAAGCAGUGAUGGCAAAUGGUUUGCUCAUCCAGUUUUACCAGAAUACGAAUCGAGGAAUCGUGACACUUGUACAACCACUGGGCUCAUGCUGACUCAGGUUAAAUCAUCAGUGCCUCAGGCUUUGAACUUCAAGCGCUAUCCUAAAUGGAAAACUCAGCAGGAACCCAGAGAGUUUCCACUUUCACACCAUGACAACAAGCACGCCUUAAAAGACAACAUCUCUGUCUUCACUUAUGGUGUGGGCCGCAGGAAAUGUCUUGAUUAUCCCAGACAGCACAUCUCUCACUUCUGCCUGUGCCAUGAUGGAGCUGAUAACAGCACUGCAACAACACAGACCAGGGAGAACGUCACAGUUAACCAGACUGAUUUUAUAAUGAAGCAGGCACCAGUUUAUGGUCCAACUACCAACAGACGGUUCCCCCGCAACCACCAGCAGAAGUCUGCAGAGGCAGCUCUGGCACAGGCAGGGGAACAAUUCAUGUGGUUCGGACGACACGACUCUGGUCUCUCGGAGGCCCUGCAAGCUACCAGCUACUCACCAACCUCAAAGCCCUCAGAUACUCCUACAUUAGGCACUAGAUGGCAUCCUUAAGGGGGUAUAGCUCAGAGGGGGGUCAGGUGAACUUUCUGGAGGGUCCAGCUGUCCAAUAAUACACUGAUUUAGAAACACCA